GCAUCCUUGGGCAUCCUGUGCUGGCCUCGCUGCCCCCUCCUAGAUACGACUCUCGCAGCCCGUUGGCACGACAUGCAGCCUUUUGUCAAAGGAUAAUUUUACUUUUCAAGUUACCCAAGGAUAAUCAUUAGCUUACAAGCGGAUACACGUUGGAGUUGGGGGCUGAUUCUGAGAAGUGAUGUGGACCCACUGAUUUGAACCCAGAACUUGCUAGUACACAGCUCUUAGCCUCUGUGCUCUACAGUAAUGCCGUCUCUGGAUAUCUCUUCCAUACGUUUUGAUGCUGUGGAGAGGGUUUCGGGUUGAUAUGGAAGAGUUAUUGAAACAUACUUACCAGCCUGAAUAGGUGGAUAUUGGUGCCAUCUAUGGGAAAGGGAGUUGACUGUAAACUGAGAUGGCGUUACUACGCUUUAGCAUUGUGAACAGUCUCCCUUGGAAGAAAAGAGGCUCGCUUGCUCUGAAGCUUUUGUGUUUUACUCUUCCUGCAUUUGUAUUUUGUGAAUUUUUAAUUUAUUACAUGGUUAUAAUUCAGUGUAAUUGGCCACAGCUGAAAGCUCAGGCUCUACACAGUAGUGAACAGACUUCAGAUUCUGUCUUGAGAGCUAUAUUUUUAUCGGAUCCUCAUUUGCUUGGUGAAAUCAAUGGACACUGGUUGGACAAGUUAAGGAGAGAAUGGCAAAUGGAAAGAGCUUUCCAAACUGCCCUCUGGCUGCUACAGCCAGAAAUUGUUUUUAUCCUUGGGGAUAUCUUUGAUGAAGGCAAAUGGAGUUCUCCCCAGGCCUGGUUGGAAGAUGUAAGACGCUUCCAGAAAAUAUUUAGGCAUCCAGCCCACAUUGAACUAAUUGCUGUCGUUGGCAACCAUGACAUUGGCUUCCAUUAUGAAAUGACCACGUUCAAGUUAGACCGUUUUUUGAAACUUUUCAACUUUACUUCAGAAAAGCUGAUAACACGGAAAGGAAUAAAUUUUGUCAUGGUGAACAGUGUUGCUUUGGAGGGAGAUGGCUGUGUGAUCUGCAAGACAGCAGAGGCAAAACUCGCUGAGCUCUCUCACAAGCUCAACUGCUCAUUGAAGGAACAGAGUCAUCACAAACAAAGAUGCAGCAAUAUGGACAAGCUCCCAGCUUCAGCUCCAAUUCUAUUACAGCAUUAUCCUCUUUAUAGAAUAAGUGACUCAAAAUGCACAGGAGAAGAUUCUGUUCCUCUGGAAAAAAAGAAUAACCUCUUUAUAGAAAAGUAUGAUGUGCUUUCUCAGGAAGCUUCCCAAAAGUUGUUAUGGUGGUUUCAUCCGCGACUGAUUCUGAGUGGUCAUACCCAUAGUGGCUGUGAAGUGUUGCAUAAUGCGAAAGUGCCAGAAAUCAGUGUUCCAUCAUUCAGUUGGAGGAACAGAAACAAUCCGAGUUUCAUAAUGGGCAGCCUAACAUCGACAGACUUCUCCCUCUACAAAUGCUUUCUUCCAUUUGAGAACACGAUUAUUACUAUCUACUGUACAGCAGGAGCUGUGCUUGUGGUUGUCAUACUAGCUCACUUUAAGCUUCUCAUUUCCCCUUUUCGUUUUGUUCAGCAUUUAAUCACUAAGCAUAAAGCAGUAUGAAGAGUCAGACAUUUGAAAUCGGUCACUGACACACCAAAGCUAAAGAACAGUCUGUCAGACUACAUUCAUGCCAGCAAAUGCAUACUUGAAUUGCUAGCCCAAAGGCAGGUUGCCUUUACAUAUAGAAAGUCCUGUACAGUUGAUAUGACUUUUACUACAGGAUAAAUUAACUGAAUGCUUCAUGCUGUACAAAAAUAUUGUAUUCUACAAUCAAAUGAGUCAUUUUCUUGCUAAAGUUUUUUGUAUCAAAUAUGUAUAUUAAAAGUUUGUAACUGUACACUA